GGGGCGCACGGCGAACCCCCCACAUCGGGCCGCAAAUCGGAGCCCCCCGCGCUGCCGCCCGCCGCCGGCCAUGUGGCCCCCGUGUCUCCCUACAAGCCGGGCCACUCCGUCUUCCCGCUGCCGCCUUCCAGCAUCGGUUACCACGGCUCCAUCGUGGGCGCCUACGCCGGGUACCCCUCGCAGUUCGUGCCCGGGUUGGACCCCAGCAAAGCGGGGCUGGUGGGCAGCCAGCUGCCCGGGGCGCUGGGGCUGCCGGGGAAGCCGCCCAGCUCCAGCCCGCUGACCGGGGCUUCGCCGCCCUCCUUCAUGCAGGGAUUAUGCCGGGACCCGUACUGCCUGAGCUACCACAGCGCCUCGCACCUGGGCUCCGGCAACUGCUCCAGCUGCGUGCACGACGCCGGCAGCCUGAAGAGCGGAUACCCCCUGGUGUACCCCGCGCACCCCCUGCAUUCGGUGCACACCACGCUCUCCUCCGGCGGCACCCCCAGCCUGCCCGGCCACCCCCUCUACACCUAUGGCUUCAUGCUGCAGAACGACCCCCUGCCCCACAUAUGCAAUUGGGUGUCUGCCAGCGGACCCUGCGAUAAGAGGUUUGCCACCUCGGAGGAGCUGCUCACCCACCUACGGACCCACACGGCGCUGCCGGGCGCGGAGAAACUCUUGGCCGGUUAUCCCACGUCGGGGUUGGGUUCGGCCGCUUCCUGCCACCUCCACCUCCCACCCGCCGCCCCCGGCAGCCCCAGCACGUUACCGGCCUCCCUGUCCUUGAGGAGCCCACACACUUUGGGACUCAACAGGUAUCACCCGUACGGCAAGAGCCAUUUGCCUGCAGCCGGAGCUCUCCCCGUGCCGUCGUUGCCGGCUGCCGGACCUUACUACUCCCCCUACGCUCUCUAUGGCCAAAGACUGACUUCAGCUUCUGCACUGGGAUAUCAGUAACCACGGCGGCCCCUUCCCCUCGCCGAGCCUCCCCCCUCUCCGAGUCCCCCCGCCCUGGCUCCCUCCUUGGAACUGUGUAUUUAUUUACUGUAUGUUAGCUUAAAGCUGGGAAUAUAAGUGCAUUAAUACACCAAUGAAUCGAUGGUAUGCAAAAAGUCUGUGUCCAAAAAAAAAAAA